AUCAACAACAUUACAAUAAUUAUGCGAUAUGGAACAAUAACAGCAACAUCGACGAUAUGUUGGAAUAUGUGUUACCGUUCAGGAUUAAAGAGCAGCAACAGCAGCAAUACAACACCAACAACAACAGCAGCCACAGCAACACUAACAACAACAGCAAUAUGACAACAGUCAAUUAUAAUCAGCACUUGAUGCAGCAGCAACAGCAGCCACAGCAGCAACAAUACAUGCAACAAGCUUACGUUUACACGCAACAACAGCAACAACAACAACAACAGCAGCAACAACCACUAACGCCAGCAACAACUUCUGCAGUUAGCAGCUGCUACUUUACAACAAUGGAACAGCAGCAGCAGCAGCAACAACAACAACAAUUGCAGCAAACACAGCAGCAAUUCCUGGUGCCAACACAGCGCCACAUGCAACAACAACAGCAGCAGCAGCCACAACAGGCGCUGCCUCAGAACGAGACACGCCUGCGCAUAGGGAGCGCAACCAUAAGGGGCACAACCAUAAGAGAGCAGCAACAAUGCAAUUUCGCAUUACAGUCGUCCCCCCUUCAAUUUUCGCUCAUAAUUGCAAUCUAACAGAUAGCGCUGUGCAGGG